AAACAUUAUUCAAGAAUUUGUUGUUAUGUAAACAUUAUCUUUUAGGUAUUAUGAGCCAUCACAUUCCAUCUUCUGCAACACCGUCCAUCUUUACCUUUGGCUGGUUCUCCUUAUCGUGCCGCUUGUGGUGGGACUCGUAACAUCUGGAGCGCUUUCAUUAUCGCUACUUGUCGGCUAUACUUGUUUCAUCGGUGUCCUCUUUGCAAUUCUCAAGACUAUUGUCUCACACCUGCAUGUUGUGUUUGACACAUCUGAACCGAUAAUAACGACGAAGACGGUGGCAGAAUCGGAGAUACCAACUCGGACGGAACCGGAUAUCAUAGGUGUGCUUGUUCAGGGUGAUCGACGCCGAGUGCGCAUUGAAAAUGAUCUUCAAGAAAUGCCUAGCGUGAACAAAACUGUUGCAGUAGUACAGAAAAGGAACGGACUUGAGGAUGAUAGCGAUGAGGAUACAAAGGACAAAAUAGUCGAAGUGCAAGAUAUAGCCAUUGUUGAAGAAGCGCCGAACAAUGAUAGUGAAGUGGAGCUGUCUGUCGAUGGAAGUCAUGUCGGCACUUCUGUGAAGAGAAGGCUUUCUUCUGCAAUGUCACGGAAAAUGUCAGAGCCGGUCAUGACAUUGGAAGGACGGAGAUUCGAUGUAGCGCUAAACUCGCGAGUUCGUCGUGCACAUUCAACGUUUGAAUCAUCAACCAGCCACCGUGACAAGGGCAUGCUCAGCCAGUCAAGCUUGGAUCAAGCGAGACAAAAUACGCACAAGUCAUAUCCUUCCAAAAUGAGUAGCGCAGAAGAGUUUCAGACAGGCGGUCUGAAAGCUAAGGUUGCGAAAAAGGAUGGCGUUGUUGGUCCACUCACUGAAACAGGAGUCUCAAACGUGAAAGCUGAUUCGACUUCAUCAUCUUCUAAGUCUAUAGAAUCGCAGAGCCCUCAUGGCUCCGAUGUUGGCGAGACCGAAGCGAAAGAAAGUGACGAAAUACAAUGCGAAGAAGUAGAUCAGCCAUCAACUAGCAAG